GCGAACUYGAUGUCGGGGAGGCGGUCAACCCAAUCUUUCUGGUCCGGACGGAUGAGCAUACGAAGCAUCAUUUGAGCGGUUUGAUGUGCCCGCUCCGUCUGCCCGUCUGUCUGUGGAUGCCGAGCCGAACUUGGCUUCAUCUUCGUGCCGGACUCCUGCAUGAGUGCAGUCCAAAAUGCCGACAUGAAGCGAGUGUCGCGGUCGCUGACUAUGUCUUCCGGUACACCAUGGCCGCAAAUCCAGCCGGUGUGCAGGAGGCGUGCCAGCUCGAGAGCCGUGGAGUAGUACUUGCAAGGAAGAAAACGCGCGUACUUACUCAGUCGGUCCACGACCGUGAGGAUGCCGUCGUGUCCGAGGCGGUUGCGGGGGAAUGGUCCGGUGACAUCCAUGGCAAUGGAGAGACCGGGUUCCUGCGGGAUCAGCAUCGAGCGCAGCUCGCCGUAGGGGUUGGGGUUGAGGGGUUUGCUUCGACAGCAAACUUCGCAAGAGUUGCAAUACCUCGUGACAUCGGUGAUGAGGUCGGGCCAUCGGAAUCGUUGUCGAAGCCGUGCAAUAGUGCGGUUGACUCCGAAAUGGCCGGCGAGUCGCGAAUCAUGAUACUCGCCGAGGAGGCGAGUCCGAAGAUGGGGGUCGCGUGGGACACAUAGUAAGUCCUUGCCCCGCGAGUGCACGAGCAAGUACCCAUCGGCGAUGCGAUAGUGGCUGGCCGGCGAGUGAUCCGAAGA